CUUCUCUCUUUUUCCGGUCUCCCGCCCCUCGGAGGUCCAGCGGACUGCCGCUUCCGGCCAUCCAUGCCCCGCCCCUUCCGCCUCGCCGGUGGCGGCGGCCCCUGCCCCAGUCUCACCAGGGUCGGGGGCGGGUUCCUUGGGCAGAACACCUGAGCUUGUAGAGCCGCGCCCUGGGGUCCGAUGGCGAUGAACUGCAACCCCAAGGACGAGGUGGACGGCGGGCCUCCGUGCGCCCCUGGGGGCGCCGCGAAGACGCGGAGGCCGGACAACACGGCCUUCAAGCAGCAGCGGCUGCCCGCCUGGCAGCCCAUCCUCACGGCGGGCACCGUGCUGCCGACGUUCUUCAUCGUCGGCCUCAUCUUCAUCCCCAUCGGCAUCGGCAUCUUCGUCACCUCUAACAACAUCCGUGAGAUCGAGAUUGAUUACACUGGAACAGAGCCUUCCAGUCCCUGCAAUAAGUGCUUGUCCUCGAAUGUGACACCUUGCGUUUGCACCAUUAACUUCACUCUGGAAAAGGCAUUUGAGGGUAAUGUGUUCAUGUAUUAUGGCUUGUCUAAUUUCUAUCAAAAUCAUCGACGUUACGUGAAAUCUCGAGAUGAUAGUCAGCUAAAUGGAGAUCCUAGAGCUUUAGUUAACCCCAGUAAGGAAUGUGAACCUUAUCGAAGAAAUGAAGACUUACCAAUUGCUCCUUGUGGAGCUAUUGCCAACAGCAUGUUUAAUGAUACAUUGGAAUUGUUUCUGAUCACCAAUGACUCUGAUCCUACACCCAAACCUAUUCUUUUGCAAAGGAAAGGUAUUGCUUGGUGGACAGAUAAACAUGUGAAAUUCAGAAAUCCUCCUGGAGAAGGAACCCUGGAAGAACGAUUUAAAGGCACAACAAAGCCAGUAAACUGGCCUAAACCAGUGUACAUGCUGGAUUCGGAGGAUGAUAACAACGGCUUCAUAAAUGAGGAUUUGAUUGUUUGGAUGCGCACUGCAGCAUUGCCUACUUUUCGAAAGUUGUAUCGUCUGAUAGAACGGACAGAUGAUUUGCAUCCAACAUUACCAGCUGGGCAGUACUAUUUGAAUAUCACGUACAAUUACCCUGUACAUUCUUUUGAUGGACGAAAACGGAUGAUCUUGAGCACUAUUUCAUGGAUGGGAGGAAAAAAUCCAUUUUUGGGGAUUGCUUACAUCACCGUUGGAUCAAUCUCUUUCCUUCUGGGAGUCGUUCUGCUAGUAAUUAAUCAUAAAUAUAGAAACAGUAGUAACACUGCUGACACCAUGGCAUUUUGAGGUUGGCACAUAAAACAUUUUUUAAAAAGCAGUCUUUGUCCUUUGCUUCUUCCCUGUGAAUGACUUAAUAUAUGAUGGGUAUUAUAUAAAUCUAGCUAUAUGAUAUGAAUACUGAAAAUGCUAAACUUGCAUUUUAAUGUUUGCUUCUUAUUGGGACAGUGCCCAUGAUGCAUAGAGCUUCUUUCAUGUGACUUGCAUCUACUGCUUAAAUGUUGGUGCUGUGUUGAUAAUGUUAUAUGGGCAUAUGAUGCUGGACAUAUGUACCUAUUGUGUGAUGAAAGGGAUUAUAAGAUGCAUGUGUUGCCAGGCAUGAUGGUACACAACUGUAAUCCCAUCUCUUGGGAGCCUGAGGCAGGAAGAUCACCAUGAGUUCAAGGCCAGCCUGCACUACAAAGUGAGACCUUUUCUCAAAAAAAAAAAAAAAAAAAAAAAAGAUACAUGAAUGCAAUCACUUGCUAAUCUUUUAGAUUCAUGGUCAUGGAAAGAUCAAAAAAGACUUUUUUUUAGUACUGGAAAUCAAAGAAAGACCAAAUCUAAUCAAAUACGUCUCCAUUUUCAUGUGUCAUGUGUAAAAACUUAAAGUACUGUCUUUAUAGAGAUGGUUCGUAUAUUGAGUUUGUUCUAGUUUUUGGUCAAGCUCGGCUUUGAUUUCAAAGGGCCUGCUUAUUGUGUAUGGAAAGUAGUGCUCAUGUCUGAAGAGGGCAGGUAUGUCCUGGACAGGAGAAUUGAAAUUCCUCUUUUCACUGGCUAAAACAUUGCUCAGCCCAGUUGAAAUGUUUUGCUUGUGGCCAUUUCCCGUGAAGCUUAUGUUUUAUAAGGGAAAAGAAUACGGUGAGAUGCAAACUCCUUGGCAGAUCUUAAUCCUUUGCCUCCACCGUAAAAUAACUCAAAGGAGUCUGUUUUCAUUUUUCGUGGUUUUUAACAUCGAGAAUCUUACUCAGCAUUGGAAAUACCUCAGGCUCUCCUUAUUUGUCAGGUAAGUGUUUUGACUUAAGUACUAACGUUAUAUUCCAGAAAUUUUGAAAUUUUAAUUUCCUGUGUAUUUAUUCAAUUUUUUGCAUACCGGUCAAAUACAGAUGUGUAUACACAGUCUUAGUUAAUAUACCAGUUGUUUUGGUUGGUUUUUACAAGACAUAUUUUAAGAAGAUGUUCUAUAAAAUUUCUACUUAAGUUCUGGAGAUUUGGGAAUAUGUACAUGAUAAAUUAUUAUGUAUAUGAUUGAAGUUAUUUACUAACUAGAAUUAUUAUAAUAUUGCUUAUUGAAUAAAUGUUGUAUUUGUUUGCUAUGGAAUUUAUUCUUGAAGUGAGUAUAAACUUAAUUUUUCUACAUACAUGAAAAUGUAUGUAUUAACGGUGACUUGCAUCUUAUUUUUACUAAAAUAACUUAUGUUUAUGUGAAAGAAUCUCUGUUCAGAGUUUAUAAUAAUUUUCUUUAUAUUUGAAAUCAGAAGGUUGGGUAAUUAUCAGUUUUGAUUAAUACAUUUUUUUAAAGAAAUAAAACAUAAUGUAAUGGUUAUAAUAGAAAAUGUGCCAUACUUAUUGUUUUGUAUAACAUAUGAAAUUUAAUUAAAAGACUUAUAGUUGUUCUUGACUUUUAACUCUAAAAAUGUAGCUUGCAUGAGUUAUUUAGUGUAGGGUUCUCCUAAAAUGCAGAGAGUAUUCUCUAGGUAGAUGCUUUGUUUGGCCAGUCCUUCAGAAUGCCGUUGAUCUGAAAGCUGUCCUUCCUGCACUUGAGAAAGGGGGAGUUCCUCACUCUUUCCAGAUGAAGAGUGCUGUUUAAGGAAGUCUGUUACCCUGAAUCUUUUCUUUUUAAACUGGGGGGCCAAGGGUGUCACUAAAGGAACAGUUGGAAAGCUUGUUUAACAUUUUCAUAUAACUGAAAAGAUGGAAUAUUAAAUAUAACUGGAGUUUUAUCCAUCUCACAAGUGUACUGAUGGGCCUGCCAUUUGAAGUGUAAGGGAUUCCUCUGUUAAAUAAGAAAACAGGAUAUUGGAAUAGCCCCUGUGAAACACUGAGGCAUGGAGGGGAGCUUUUCUUUCUACAGGCUUUAUGCUUGCAUUUCAGAAACACCGAUGUCUUACGCAAAUUUCAAAGACUCACAUCAUUUCAAGGCCACAAGGUUAAGCAGAAGACUUGGAAAAAUACACUAAUUUGUAGGAAGUAUUUGGACAUGAAAAGUUUCCCUAUUGAAGAAAUUAUUCAGUAAGUAAAAGCUAACAAAUUUCAUUAAAGUCAUAAAGCUUGUUCAUGAAUAAGUGGGGAAAAAUAACACACUACCUGUCAGAGAAUCAUUCAACCAAAGAAGAAUCAAGUCAAUAUUAUUUAUUGGAUAAUGAUGGAGUUUAUUUGUAAUCUUGAUUAAAUUAAAAGAUAAUAUUCUGUUGGUAUUAGUAAAAAUGAAUAAAAUUAGUUUUGCUGUGUUCAGAUGGCUAGAUAAAAGUGCCCCAAUGUUGUAACUGAGGUUUACCAUUCAACUUUUUUUUUAAAGGUUUUUUUAAACCGGGAAUCAAACUCACAACCUUCCCACUUGCUAGGUAGGUACUAUUGUCACUAAACUAAAUCCCUAGUCCUUACCAUUCAGCUUACGCCAGGGUCAGCCAGUCUGGGUUUUAACUUCUUGCUUAGAUUGAAUAAAGUGCCAUCCAUUAUUAAAUGAUUAGAUUUGGAUUAAUCACCCUGAUAGUGUAAACCACAGGAUACAUACAUCAUUGAGGGAAACCUGUUCUUACUGAGAAGUGCUCAGUUUGCUAUCCACGUUAUACUUAGGCUAAGUUUGAUAUUCGCAUCAAGGGGAACAUUUGGUAAACUGGCAUGGAUAGUGAAAGUAAUGAAGGUCACACAGGAAAUAAAAAAUCUGACUAGUAAGAGGAGCCUGAGAGGUUAGGGUUAAUGAAUGCUGCGCAGCCUGCUGCCUCGUCUUCAAGGAAACAGAAGUAUUGCUUGUCACUUAUUUGUUGGUUACAUUGUAAAGCUCUGUUCUUUGUAAACAUGACAAUUUUGAGGGGCUAGUGGAAGAAAUGAGGAAAUGCUGUUUCAAAAUUUUUGGUUUGCAUAAAUGUCUGUGGUAGAUUUUGGGUGGUCUAGAAAAGUGUUUUAAAACCCUUUGUUAGCCCCUGUAUCUUUCAGUAAAUAAAAGAAUCACAUUUCUCUUACUGUCACGUGAAAUUUCAAAAUAAAUACGGUAUAUUGUUUAAAAACAAA